UGCUUCUGCUCCUGACUGAGAGUGCAAAAUUUUAGCUCGAGACGAUCGACGUUUAGAAAUUGUCGUUCGCUCUCGGUUUUUUACCAUUCGCACAGUCGCACCAGGCUAAGUUGUUCACGUUGGGAUAGGUUUACAAGUUAAAGUCCAAAACGAUCGUAGCUCUCGUCCGGACUUGCUAAAAUAUAUAUCGCUGAUAAUCGAUGUGUAUCGUAUGUUUUCAUCAUUACUGCGCGCGACUGUAUCGAAGCCAGAGCAUCUGUCAAAAAGUCGCGGCACGAAACUUUUGAAAUCGACGAAUAGCAAUCAUUGAGAAUUUACUCGUUAGGCUUGCUCUACAACUUGCGUCGCGUCUGUCAUUUCACGCACACCUGAAAAACUCUCUUAUUUUGAUCAAAUACAAACAUUUCGAGUUAACCCUGAUUCUCGUAUCGUACUCCGUGUGUCUCUGCUAUUUCGCGUCUGCUCGAGCACAUGCAUUGACAAGUUUAUACUCGUACAGGAGAGUUGUAAAUAUAUGGUAUAGCGAAAAAAAAAUUCAAAAUCGACAAAAUGAGUAACGACAACAAUGCCGAAGAGCAAUUGUAUGCUCAGCAUAAAAAAGAGAAGAAAGAUCUGCAAGCAAAAAUUCAAGUGCUGAAGAAAUCCAUUUGCAAGGGCGACAAAAAGAAGAAAAAAGAGGUUACCGAAGAAAUAGCCAAAUUAGAACUAGAUCUGAACAGAAAGCACGAUGACGAGGUGGCACAGCUCAAAUUGUCAGAAGUCAAAAUUGACAAUUGCGAUGAUCAAGAUACCAUUGGCUCUGAUGACAAGUGCGAUGAUAACGAGAAAGAAAUCAAACCCACGGUUAGAGUAUCCAAAGCUCAGAAGAGACGAGAGAAAAAGGAAACUGCAGAAAAGGAAAGAAAUCAGAGGAUACUAGAGCAAGAAGCUCUCAAUGUUCAUGGAAAGAGACACAUAGAAACUCAAGCGAUUAAAAAUAUUCUCUUGAAGAGGGAUUUGAUGAUACAUGAAGUCCCGAGCGAUGGACACUGCCUGUACAAUGCUGUUGCACAUCAGUUGAAAGCAAUAGAUCAUUCGUCACUUCUAGGUCAUGUGGAUCUAAGACAAAAAACUGCUGUACAUCUGAGAGAAAAUUCAGAUAGUUUUUUGCCGUUCAUAGCUAAUCCAGACUCUGAUGAUUUGUUAUCUGAUGAACAAUAUGAGAAGUACUGUGAUGACGUAGCUAAAACAAGUACAUGGGGUGGUGAUAUUGAGUUGCAGGUCCUAUCAAAUGUUUUGAAAUGUCCUAUAGAAGUCAUACAAGCUUCUGGAGCUCCUUAUUUAGUUGGAAGUGAAUUUGAAUCUGAAAGAAAACUUACUUUAACUUACCAUAGACAUAUGUAUCAUUUAGGAGCCCAUUAUAAUUCUGUGACCAAGUAUGUUAAGGCUGCUGAAAGUUGAUGUAAUGAAAAAAUCAAUCACAAUUAGUUCCAUUCAAAUUGUAUAUUUUGGGUAAUUGAAUCAAUUUAAAUUGAAAAUGAUUGAUUUGAUUUUAUAAAGCAGUUAAAUGCAACUCAUUGCUAAACUCUUGCAACUUAAGAAUUUUUGAAAUAAUUUAGUACACUUAUUAGAAAUCUAAAUUGAUGUAAAUAGCGGUAAAAAAGAAAACAAAAUACGUUCUGGUAAAUUAUAUUUAUUCAAAAUUUAA